UCAGAUUGCAGUAGACCAGGAUAAAGGGAUAAUGGGAGUAAACUGGUGAGAGGGGGAACACUGUACUUCUGUGUAUAUGUCUUUGGAAUGAUGUUUGAGUCUUUCUAGGACUUGAAGUUUUAUGGUCUUCCUAUUUUGCCCAGUUUGUGAUUUUACCACUUCAGCCUGUUUCACUCUGAGUCCCUGUCCCUUCCAUUUGAAAAUAUACCUCAAAACUACCACCAAGUCAGCCAUUCCAGAUGUUAGGUAAGACUGAUCAUUGCCAGAGGUUUCCAACAACGCCCCUGUAGGACAUGUGUUCAGGUGUGAAAACUCUGCCUUAGACCCACAUCCUCUGCUCCUUUGUGGUAGUGGUCAGAAGUGUUACCCAUCCAUGGUGGCUGAACAGGUUAUUCCAGGAUCUUCAGUUUUGGGGUGGAGGCUGCCUAAUAAUCACCUGGAGGCACAAGUCCUAGUUAUAGAGCACUUUUUGAGUCUGGAUCUCCUGAUAGCCACUGGCACGAAUUCUUAAAACACAGACUGGGAUUAUCUUCAUGCUGAUUUUGAGGUCUUGGUGGCAGACUAACUUCGUAGGAAAUAAGGCGGUACAGUUUAUUGUUAUUUCUCUCUCUACACAUACACACAUAUACUUUUAAAAAAACCUGCACAGAGACCAAAUCAAGUGGUGGUUGCAAAGGGAUUCUCAGAACCGGGUUUCAUCUUUGUGCUUACCUCCUUCAUUUGCAUCCAGGCCCCGCCUGAGCAGAAGAUCUGGGCUCAUAUUUGUGAAAUGGGUACUUGAAUAAGCAGAGGGCGGUAUGCAAAUACGGGCCAGCUCCCAUUGGCUGGACUACAGCAGGUGCCGUGUCCGGAUUGAUCAAAACCUAGUGGGCGGUGCCUCAAUCCGGGACGACUCUACUGCAGCGCGUACCCUGGCUCUGUAUCAUUGGGCCUGGCGCACCCAGCAGCUUCUAAAGUGGCGCCGCUGGUGGGCGCAUUCCGAACCCCUGAUUUCUUUGCCUUCCGCCCUGGCUCCCCCCAGCCCUGGUUCCCCACCCUCUCUGCCCCGGGCCUCCACUCCCCGAGGGCUCAGUGGGCUCAAUCUAUGCGGUGCCGCCACCAUGUUGACCAAAUCGCCGGUUCCACCACUCCCCGCGACCACCAUGCCGCCAGGAGGCAAGGACCGAGAAGCAUUCGAGGCCGAGUACUGCCUGGGCCCUGUCCUGGGGAAGGGGGGCUUUGGCACUGUCUUUGCCGGACACCGCAUCUCAGAUCGACUCCAGGUGGCUAUCAAAGUGAUCCCCCGAAACCGUGUGCUGGGCUGGUCCCCCUUGCCUGAUUCUGGUACAUGCCCACUGGAAGUGGCACUGCUUUGGAAGGUGGGUGCCGGUGGUGGACACCCUGGUGUGAUCCGCCUGCUCGACUGGUUUGAGACAACUGAGGGUUUCAUGCUGGUCCUUGAGCGGCCUUUGCCAGCCCAGGAUCUCUUUGACUACAUCACAGAGCAGGGCCCACUGGGUGAAAGCCGAAGCCGCAGCCUCUUUGCCCAAGUAGUGUCAGCUGUUCGGCACUGUCAUGCCCGCGGCGUUGUCCAUCGUGACAUCAAAGAUGAGAACAUCUUGAUGGACCUCUGCCGGGGUCGUGCCAAACUUAUUGAUUUUGGUUCCGGUGCCCUGCUUCAUGAUGAACCUUACACUGAUUUUGAUGGGACACGGGUAUACAGCCCUCCCGAAUGGAUCUCGUGUCACCAGUACCAUGCCCUCCCAGCCACGGUCUGGUCACUUGGCAUCCUCCUCUAUGACAUGGUGUGUGGGGAUAUCCCAUUCGAGAAGGACCAGGAGAUUCUGGAGGCUAAGCUCCGCUUCCCAGCUCAUGUCUCCUCAGACUGCAGUGCCCUAAUCCGCCGGUGCCUGGCCUCCAAACCAUCUGCACGCCCUUCACUGGAGGAGAUUCUUCUGGAUCCCUGGAUGCAGACACCAGCUGAAGAUGAAACCCUUGAUGAUGUCCCCGAAGGGGCUUCCACUCCUCUAGCCUGGUCCCUGCUGCCCUAAUAGUGCCCAGGCCUCCCACACCCACCUGCCCACUCCUGGUUGGAACAACCAUUUCAUGGUUGUGCCACAGGGAUAGAUGGGCCAACUACAGUUGACUUGGUUUUACAGGUCAUUACAAAUUCAGUGUUACAGGGUCAGAUUGGGGCUUGGGGGUCAGAAAAACCGAAGCCAGAUCUGUCCCAACCCCCAUCCCAAUCCUUUCAAGGAGCCUUCCUCCCACAUCCUGUUUUCUGGAGAGGACAUUUUGGAGCUUUUCCUUUGCUAUAGAUGUUGAUUUAACUGAUGUUCCUUUAGAUUUUGAGCUCCCCUCCCACUAGGUUCUGCCUCUGUUGAAUUGUAGCUGCUUUAGUUACCCUUUCUUCAACUACCACAAUUUUGUUUUCAAGCUAUUUGGGCAAGGGUGCUUUCUAAUUUCCCAGUGGCUCUUCAGCCAAGGGACUCUUAGCCUAGGAUCUCUCAUUCAGUCAGGCUGCUCACCUACCUCAGCCCAGGGUUUCUUUAUUCUGGGGGAGGUUAUGCUCUCUUGUUUUCCCUGGGCUCAUGCUCUCAUUUCCAUUUUCUGCCCCCUUUUGAUAAAAGGACCUUUGUUAUCCCAAGUGCUCUUAUUCUGAUAUGGUGAUUCCUACUUCCGUGCUUAGAGGGGAAGGAAUGGGAGAUGGACAGCACCAGAGUCCACUAGGAAAGGGUAGAUGGCUUUUGACAGGCUGGGAUGAAGGAAAUAAAGUCUUGUUUGCUUUCUUGGCCCCCUACCCCUAUUUAGAUUCUUAUUGCCUCUUAGGCUUGUCCAGUUGCCGAAAUGUAAAUACUUAAUGUAUGGAGGGUAGGGGUAGAGUUCCAACUGUGUUAUUUCCCAUCUUCCUGCCUGGAUUGUUUAAAAAGCCAUGUGUGGAAACCCACUAAUAAAUGUCAAAAAUCAAAA